AUGGUUUCUGCCUUCUUGCUCACUGGUCGGCUGCCUUGGCCUCCCUUUGUGCCCUCUGUGGCCCUCCUGUUCUCCUCCGGUUUUCCUCCGGUUUCCUCCGGUUCUCCUCCGGUUCUCCUCCGGUUCUCCUCCGGUUCUCCUCCGGUUCUCCUCCGGUUUUCCUCCGGUUCCUCCGGUUCUCCUCCGGUUCUCCUCCGGGUUUCCUCCGGUUCCUCCGGUUCUCCUCCGCUUUUUUUCCGGGCAAUGGCAGCCUUGACCAGUGAGACCCCAAACAGCUAUGUGCGAGACUUCCCAGUGCAUUUGUUAAACAAAGCCACACGAGAUCCCGAGAACCGUGUUCGCUUGCAGUUCUUCAAGGAUGCUGGCUUAAAGGUCGUGAGUUUGUGCAGUGGUAUUGAUGCAGUCGGCGAGGCCUUGAGACUGCUUCAAUUGGCUAUGCAAGAAAGCGCAGGGCAUGCCGAUGAGGAGACUGACGGUGACUGGUGGGUCGUGAAAGGCUCUUGGUGUGACAGUGGCUCGGCCCAGCAGGCGUUUUUGCUUGCUCGUGCAGGGCAAAUGCAGAGUCACUUGCGACCAUGUCUUUUCCAAUCUGUGGAAGAUAUGGUGCCACACGGUGUGCGCGAAGAGUUGGGCAUGCUGACACCGCCUGCUUGUGGCAAUCGCGAGCAGAAGGCAGCAGCAGUGAAUUGGUACCAGAAGGUCGGCCAAGCGUUGACAGAGAAAGGUCCAUUGGCAUUUCCAAAGGAGCAUGAAGCAUUUUGCUUGGUGCAUGAGCAGCAGUGUCACGUCAGGCAGUCCCGAUGCAUGCCAGCCGGCAUGGUGCAGACGAAUCCCGUGCUCAUGCAUUGCGCAGGGCUGCCUUGCAUUGCGUACAGCAAAGUGGGGUUGCGGCGCCAGGGGGCGGAUCCUUCGGAGAUGGCCGUCCAGGUAUAUCUCAGCGAGCGGCAGCAGUCUCCGGAAGAUUUCUUUGUCUUCGAGAAUGUGACUUUGUUCCCCUACGAGAAGAUCGAGGCAAAGUUGCGGGACACUCACCACCUGGUGCCUCUGAGCUUCGGGCCCAAGGACUGGCUGUCGUGUCAGGCUCAGGCAGUGACAGCGAAGGCCAGUGAAGGCUGCGUGUGGGCGGGCGCCUUGCUGGGUUGGGUGGGUGCUGGAACCAGUGCCAUCCGUGGAACUUCGACCAUGGAUGGCGAGUCUCCACCACCCCAGAACCGUGUGGCAUCCACUCAGAUCGAGGCUGGAAGUGCACAGACCGCCUCCCAGCAACCGGCGGCCGCGACCACGGCAAAGGCCAAGGCUGGAGCAAAAGCGGCUGCUGGCCCCAAGAUGUGCGCUGCUGAAGCCUGCCCCAACGAAGCUUGCAAGAAUCAGCGCUGGUGCCAGGAUCACAAGCGGGCUUAUGCGGCCAUGAUGGCCAAUGCAAAGAAAAGUGGGCAGCAGGACGAGUUGCAAGAAGUGAUGUCUUGCGAGAUUCGAAGCAAAGUGGCGAUGCGUGAAUGGUGCGAGAAGAAUCCACCGUCCGGCAAGUGGUCGCGCAAAAGAACCCAUGACUUUUCACAGUACCAGCACAUCGAGGGCGUCAACAAUGAGCAUGGUGAUGUGGACCAAGAUUGGCCCAUGACUGAGGCCGAAUUUUUGCAUUGGGCCAUGGAGACAAAGAGACUCACCAGCACCGGAGCCUCCAACUGGUGGAAGGAGAUGGAGCAGACUUCUAAGAAGGAUUACAAGGGCAGAUGUGCCAAUGGGGCUUUGGGAGCUCUUCGCCUCUGGGUGCCGGCGUCCGAAUUCUAUCAGCGCAAGAAGGCCCGCUUUGGUCAGUCACGGGUCGUGAGCAACAGCCGGCCCAUGAGGAGACUGAGUGAGGACGACGUCGAAGAUCUCAGGGCUUAUGCUGCCUCCAGAACAGCUGAUGAGAGCUUCCUGCGUGGGGAGGCACGGCGAGUGCCUCCUUUCCUUUCGCCUCAGACGCCGCCAGGUGCUGCUCCUUCUGCUGCUGCCACUUCGCCAGCAGACUCAAACGGCAGCCCGGUGAAGCCUGUGGAUUUGGCCCUCGAGAAGCCCAAGCUUGUCAACAAACAGAAAGUCGAACUUCGAGGCUUGGAGGGUGCUUUGCGAGAGGCAGGCAAGAAGGGCAUGGAGCAAUGGGCCGCUUGCAAGGACCCGUCCGAUCCGUCUUUGCAGGCGUUGGUGCCGCACUUGCAGUUCCGCUUGCGUGGCUUGGCAGCUCUGUUUCAGUACAAAGACGUUGACUUCCUGAAGGACGUUUACUCCGGCAAAUCGCAUGACAGCAUUGAGGUGCUCCUGAAGAACCACCCGGACAUGCUGCCUGUUCAGGAGGAGCACGUGAAGCACCUCCAGGCUUUCUCUGAGCUCCACGAUGCCAUCGACAAGAACGUGGCAGCGGCCACAACUGUGGCACUGCUGGAGGAGGCCAAGGAGACAUGGGGUGCCAAGAAGCUUGCUGUGAAAUCCUUGGAGAAGGGAGUCAACCAGGCCACCAAGGACGCCAAGUCGCGGAAGGCCCAAGAGGAGAAGGAGAUGCAGCGCAAAGCCAAGGCCGAGCAAAAGAAGAAGGAUCGCGAGCAAGUGGAUGCCUUCAAGGAGCAGAGCGACCAACGUGCAAAGGCAAUGUUGGCGGAGAAGAAGAGUGGUGUCAGCAAGAAGGGCUAUGUGGCCUGCCAGUUCAUGAAUGAAAAGAAGUCAGUGGAUGGUUUGCCAUCCGGCUUCACCAUCCACCCCUUCACGGAAGUCGAGGUUGGAAAGCUGCCGAUUAUGUCCGCACCUUGGGUGCUGUCAGGUGCCGCCGCUGUGGCUGUGGACAAGUGGUCUACGAAUGCCAUCGUAUCCAAGACUACGCAGUCCUACGCAGUGAAGUACAAGGCCUUCCCCGACUACCUCAACCGUGGCAGAGUCUCGGCAGCGCUCGAGGCCAAGCAUGGGCACGAGAACACGGUCGAGAUGUUCUCCGGCAUGAUCCCCCCCACGAAGAACAUGCAGGCUUUCCCAGCGAGCCAAUCCUUUCAGAACACGACCUGGCUUGCAGGAUACUCCCCUGAGAUGCGGUUCGUUGGUUUGCAAGCCAAUGGCUGUUUGACAUUGAAAACUAUGGCCAUGGGUCAAGUCCUUCAUGUGAGUCUGUCGAGCACAGAUGUGGUCAGGGGCCUCACGGAGCUUGGACUCCUGAAGCCUGAUUCCAAGUUUUCCGAUGUCGAUGCCUUUUGCAGCCUGCUGGAGGAUUUGGAUAUGGAGGCUUUCGUAAAGAUGCAGAAGGCCGGCGUCAAGCUUUACAUGCACAAGGCAAUCCCGGGAGAGGUCAUCGGCAUUCCAAUGGGAUGGUUUUGCUUCGAGCUUGCUGUUGACGGGGCAGUGCUUGUUGCUGCCCGCCAAGGCUUCUUCCUUGCCGACACGACUGAGGAUGACCUGAAGCAGUACAAGUCCAUGCGAGACAUCUUGAUCAUGUGUGGCAAGGCUGGCGACAAGUACAACCAAAUCAUUGACAUGCUUUCCAAGCAGGACCUGGGCUUUCCGUGCAACAGACCCCGGCUGUUCGUGUUGGGCAUCGCGAAAGAGAAAAUGGUUUGGAUCCCGCCGCCAAAUGAAAGCGAUGAAGCUCAGCGAUUCUUCCACAUGUUUGGAGCCGAGCCCACCUCCUACGGCAACUGUUAUAUGACAGAUUCGUGGUCGUCUAGGCGGUCCCAACUAGCAGAUCGCAUGUUGUUGCGUCAGCUUCACUUGGGUGCAGGAGCAUUGCUGGAGGAGCCGACGGACAGGACGGAACGUUUCAAGUGCUUAUGCAGUGCAGCCAACCCGAGCAGCACUUCCGCUGCAAUGGCAUAUGAGGAGAUGCGUCAGACCCGACCGCUGACGGAGAUGGGUUUGCCUUUCUUUUGCGACUGGGAGCAGAAUCCGGCAAGCGGAAAAUGCACUCCGUCGCCUUUCGUGCCUUGCCUGUUGACGCAUGGCAACCUGGUGGAGCACACAUCCGCCCGAGCCUUGACUGAUGCGGAGCUCUUCACGGUGCAUGGAUGGGGAACACUCAGGAAUGACCGCUAUCGCUCCGACAUCAUGCAGGUCAUUUCCUCGUCGGCUCCGAGAUCUGCCAAGCAAUUUCUGGGCAAUUCGAUGCACAUUCCGAGUGCAUUAGCUGUGUUGCUUUAUGGCUUUACGCACAUGUUGCGGCUGAGUGACGUGAACUCCACGGCGUGGCUGAUCACUCGCCGAUCUGCUUCGUGGAGCAAUGAGAUCGGCUCCACUGCUGCAGCUGCUUUGGUCGAGUCGUCGGCGGCAGGACAGAGCAAGGGCAAGGGCCUGGGCAAAGGCCGUGGUGGCCGUGGAAGAAAGCGGCAGGCUGGAGAGGCGGAGAUGGCGGAGACGGAUGUUGCUUUUCGAAGAGCUGCAAGUACGUUUUUCGAUUGA